AUGUCCAAGUUCGACGCUGCCCCUCCCAAUACACAUGCUGGUGGCGAUGACGAUGCCCUUCGCACGAAGGGUAACGACCCGCUCAACGCCCCUCCGACAUACGAAAUGGCCGAUGAAAGGGUCAACAUGGAAGAGUAUGCCAGGACAGUGCCAAAAUGGAAGAGAAUCUGGCAACACAGCUUGACGCAGAUGCUGUUACUCAGCGUGCAGGCUUUCUGUGGUCCUGCCAUGGCCGAUGCUAUCGCCGGUCUCGGUGGUGGUGGUCUCGCCACUCCCCAAACCUCGAACAUCGCAACCGCUGUCAACUACACUAUGCUGGCUGUCUGCUGUGCUCUCGGAGGACCUAUAGUUAACAAGCUUGGAACGAAGUGGGCAUUAGUCAUUGGGGCUUGCUCAUUCCCAAUCCGAGGCUCUUCUUACUAUUGCAACUCCAAGUUCGGAAACCAGUGGUACUUGAUUUUGGGCGGCUUCUUCACUGGUAUCGGCACCGGUACUUGGUAUGUCGCUGAGUCGGGUACCAUUAUGUCUCUUGCACCAUCUGGAUCUCGUGGAAAGUACUUGGCGCUUUGGAUCGUUGCUCGGAACUUGGGACAGCUGGUCGGCGGUGCUAUCAAUCUGUCGAAGAACCACGAGAAGGGCGUAGUCGGAGGUGUAACACCCGAUACCUAUGUCGCCUUCCUAAUUAUCGAAUGUAUGGCCUUGCCAUUCGCCUUCCUCAUCUCACCUCUUGAACGAGUCGUACGCUCGGAUGGAACGCGUAUCCUGGUAUCGGAGAAGAUCGGCACCAAGAUGGAGUUCAAGCAAAUCAAGAUCACCAUGACCUCGAAAUUGAUCCUACUAUCUGCUUUCUGGGCCAUAUGGUCUUUCUUCUACAGUGGUACAUGGUCUACUUACCUUGGUACCUACUUCAGCGUCCGCGCCCGCGCUCUCUCCUCUCUCAUCUCGCCUUUCUUUUGCAUUGUUGGAUGCUUCGGUUUGGGCUUCAUACUUGAUCUCAAGGGCGUCAGUCAACGACGUCGCGCUCAGAUCGGUCUCUUCACAGUUGUGCUCCUCAAUCUUGGCGUCUACAUCUGGUCAAUUGUUAUGCAAGCUCGUUUCAAUAGCAACAACCCAGGCAAGAUCGACUGGGACGACUCGUUGUAUGCGCGUUCAUUCCUGCCAUACUUCUUCGUCCAGACUACGGGUCCUCUGUCGCAGUCGUACAUGUACUGGUUACUCUCUUCUUUCGCAACAGACGCUCAAGCCAACGUACGUAACGGUGCAGCUUUCCGCUGUCUUGAAGCAAUCGGACAGGCCAUCUCCUACGGCAUGAACACGCAGAUCAAGACGUCCCCCCUGAUCGGCUUCUGUGUUACUUUCGGCUUGAUGGCUCUGGCUCUGGGUCCGAUGCUCGUACUGGUGAACUCGACGCCAGAUCGUAUCCCUGCGGAUGUGAUUGCGGAAGAGCAGUGCCGCGAAGAGAAGAAGAUUGGAAAUGUUGAGGUCGAGACCAAGGUAUGA